GCCGAGACAAGCCGCGCACUGAACGAGGCAGCCUCGGCGCGCCGCGAUGUGGUUUGCCGGGGAACGAAAUGCGAUACACGGAAACAACGUGUUGCCGCGAGGUGCGGCUUGCUCACAGCUGAUCCGUACAGGAGCACAACGCUCAUUGAUUACUUAUUUAGUGGGCCGCUCGGAGUGGAGCAAUGAAAAAUGCCUAUUUUUAAGUACAGAAGUUUGUGCCACAAUUUGUAAAUAACCAAAAAUAGACUCUAUAUUCGUCCUGAGGCAAAUGCUGAUCGAAAAUUCCGUACACACUGUGCACGAACGAGGCACGGCUCGCCCGGUGCUCACUUUGAUGGACCGACAGCCGAUAGCUCAGGUCGCGCACGGCAUGAGGCAAACCGCGCCUGUGUUGGCGCGCCGUACACACUAGCGCAUCGCGGCGGGCCGAGGCUGCCUCGUUCGG